UCUGACUGACACAGUAACCUGUGCGCUGCUGUGCUGCCCUUCCAGAAACAUUGUGAGGAAAGAAAACAAAUCUUCAUGGAUGGAUCCUUUACUUUUAAACACAUUUUAGUAUCAAUAGUGAACUGAAACGUUUCGGUUUUCGCGAUUGAUCUGAAUGUUUCAGUCGCUCGCGCUGAAGCGAACGCGGAUUCCUCGCGCAGAGAAUCAAAGUCUCUCAAACGCACCGUUUAGCUGCACAAACAUGGAUGUUCUGGCCAAUUACAGUAUUUUUCAAGAACUUCAACUGGUUCAUGACACUGGCUACUUCUCCGCGAUGCCGUCUCUGGAGGAAAACUGGCAGCAGACAUGUCUGGAGUUGGAACGCUAUCUGCAGACAGAACCCAAACGACUGUCUGACCUUUUUGAUGAGGAACUAGACGGUCUCCUUACCCCCUCCUUCAUGAAGGAAGAUGCGGAUGAAGACCUGUUAGACCCCCUCCUUCCUAGCCUCAACGACCCCCCCAGUCCUCCACCUCCUCCUCCUCCUCCUCUUCCUCGCCUCACCCCACGCAAAGAAACUCUCUCCUCCACUUCCUCUACUGUGACCUCUCCAGACAUCGCCUUAGGGGUCAACGCAGCCCAGCUGAACGCCGUCACCUCCCUAACACCUCCCUCAUCCCCAGAACUGGGCCGUCACUUAGUCAAACCCACCCACACACUCAGUGCCUCGCCCGACGGGACCCUCACGCUCAAGCUAGUGGCCCGAAAGGUGGGCUUGAGUUCUGCCAAGCUGGUGACGGCCCACCCGGUCCCACUUUCUCCCCAGCACGGCAGCAGCGGAGCACAGAGCGACGGAGAACAGGGCGGCACCUGCACCGUGGGAGCUGGCGAGAUGGCAGAGAACAAGAAGAGGGUCCAUCGCUGCCAGUUCAAUGGGUGUCGAAAGGUCUACACCAAGAGUUCACAUUUGAAGGCACAUCAGAGGACACAUACAGGGGAGAAGCCGUACAAGUGCUCAUGGGAAGGCUGUGAAUGGCGGUUCGCGAGAAGCGACGAGUUGACAAGGCACUACCGCAAACAUACCGGCGCCAAGCCUUUCAAGUGCAAUCACUGCGACAGGUGUUUCUCUCGAUCUGAUCACUUGGCACUGCACAUGAAGAGGCACAUCUGACGAGGAGGAGGUGGCAAAAUGGCGAGGUGGAGGAAGAGACGGAAGGUAGAGGGAGAGAAGGAGAGGGAUUAUGGAAAGAAGCCGGAUACCACUCAGGCCGUUCGCUCAUCCCACCAGAGAGUGGCGUCCUGUAGAGGAACCGAUCAGCACGGGCUGAACUCAGACCAGGUCUUGAGGUUUGGUCGGCCAUGUCUGACCACGAGGAUGAAAAUUCGAAGGUCUACAGAUCUGAGAAGGUGGUAUGACAUCUUAUGUCACUUAAAGACAACGUACUUCAGUAGGUUUUUGCCUAAUUCUCAAAACAUCAAUGACUUGAUUUAGAUACUAUUAUUACGUUCCGACUUCUCUGAGAACCAUUUAAAGCUUUCAUCAAUUUUACAUUGAGUACGCAGACUGUCGCAAACAGACCAGCUACCAAUGCAUCUGGUUUGAGUUACUGCACGUGGUGUGCAGGAAGUGUCCCAAAAUCAUCUUCUCAAGAACCUUUGGAGAACAUUGUAGCAAUAGGAUGCCAAUACAAAGAGAUGGAUUUUUUCUUUGUUUCCCAUUUUAAGCAAAGAUUAUCAUUCUGCUUUGAUUCCACCAAUCCACAGCCAAGAUGUAAAGUGGAGCAUCCAUCCCAAAAAAUCUGGAUUUCAAAGGUAAAGUGGAAUCACCCAUCGCUCAAAUGUGAAUCUGACUGGGGGCAGUGGAUGAAACACUCUAACACUACCUUUUCGUAGACAGACAAAUCUCUCUCUUUCACAUCCCUCAUUGACAACCAACAGCUGCGCAGCGACACUUUGAGACUUUUUAUAAAGGAAAAAGAAAAUUUAAAAUAAAAAAAGAGAUCUUUUUGAAUGAUGACUAUGUUAUAUAAUUCAGAAGACAUCUUUUUUGCUUUUCUCCUGUGGAUGUGUACAAAAUAGAAAAAGAAUUAAAAAUGGACCAAAAAAAAAAAAAAACUGCCAUAUGCACAAGCGUAGAGUAGUGGAUUCUACACUGGCACAGACGCAUCUGAGGUGGACUUCAUUUCUAUAGAAACGCAAACUUUUAGUGGCGAAAAGAAGAAAAACAAUGUUGUUGUUGCACACGUUUUGAGCAUUACUCAACAUUAUUUAUGACCCAUGAAACGUUAUCCCAUAAACUUGGGUUCCUUCGGGAUUUCUAAGACUAGCAUGAAAUGAGAAAAGCACCAUGGUUUAUCUGCCGACUUCAGUACAGAAUAAUGACUUCCAUCAUUCAAGGCAGAGAUUCGCAAUCACAACGUUUAGAUUUUGUAAAUGCAUCACAGUAUGUCCUGAAAAACUGUCCAGACAGACAUUUCCCAUCAGUUAUUUUAGUUUGCACGGAUGGAAGCAUUCGCUGGUCCUGCAGGUGACAUCUACAUGUUUAGACUUGUGAUGUUUUUGUUUUUUUUUCUUAUACAUUGCAUAUCUGCCUUGUGUUCCCGGUAAAAACAGCUGUACAGUGUGUAAAUUGUAUAGUAAAAGUGAGGUUUAAAUUACAACGUACAAUCAAGUGUGGGAUGGAAAGUGUUCCUGAAUGUAAGGUUGUUUGAUUGUGGACGGCCCUGCACUUAUGCAAUCAUUCAGACCACGGAAAGGCCUGAUCUGCUCAAGAUAGAUCCCACUGUGGCUCAUGCAUGAAGAUCUACACAAAUGCAUGUUGAUGAAGGAAUAAUUCACAUCAGAUGAGAAAUCGCUUAUUGUUUACUCACCCUAAUGUCAUUCUAAACCAGUAUGACUUUCUUUCCUUCAUGGAAUGCAUUAGACGGUUAGAAGAAUUUCAAUAGCAUUCUUCUUCCUACAGUGAAAACAGGAGGAUGUCAAACUCCAAAAAAUUGACAUGGAAGCACCAAAUCUCUCAUUCUCACUCCCAUAUUUUCGAAAUGGCAAAAAACUAUUAUAAGACAUGGAAAAAACAUAGGCUUUUGGGCUUCAAAUUUAUCUUCAUGCAUAAAUGUUGCUUGAACAAAACUAUAACAUUUCCAGAUUUAAUUUUAAAUAUAAGUUGUAUUGUAAAAAUUCAGUUCAAGUCAUACAGCUUUGGACCAACAUGAGGGUCAGUAGUGUGUGAACUAUCCCUUUUCCAACAACCUAACAUAGUUGUUUUGUGCGCAUUGUGGUGUAAACCACAUUUGUAUGAUUGAAAUCAGAGGCCCAGAUCUGAAGAUGUAUAAAAUGAGCACAAAAAAAAAAAGAAAGAUUUAUUUUUAACCAUUGCAUACUGUAUAUAAACAUCAAGAUGCUGAUUCAAAGACUUCUAAACCCAUGAGAUCAAUGCAUAAACAAAUUCAAAAUGUAAAUUUUGGAUAGCAUAAACAUGAUUUUAUUUUUUUUUAUUUAUUUUUUUUUUGCAUAUCAUGACAAUUAUUAACAAUAUCUAUAAGAUACAAAACAUAAUAUCACCCCAAAAAUAGGUGAUGGACAAGGAUAUUCAUGUCUUGUUCAAGCCGUCUGUCAGUUUCUUUUGCUUCUCACUCACUUGUCUAACAUGGACCAACAGGAGGCCUGUCUGACAGAAUGGCAGUAUUGGUAAUGAGAAAGGAAUUGGGCUCUCCCGGCAGCGGCCAGCACUGGUCGCACCCUCAAUGGGGCGGAACGGAGUAGGACCACACUGGGGGUCACAUGCCACACUUAUGCUGACCGGGAGAUCUUAUCCCAACCGCCCGACACAGUCAAUUUCACUGUGUAGCUGGGUGUCAGCUUACCUCCCUCCCUGGCUACAUUAGCUCCAGAAAAAAAUAAAAAUGACACAAGGUCACAUCCAAUGUCCUCAAGAGACCAUUGUAUGAGCCACUUUUCCAGCUAAAAUUUAGUGCAUGAAAUGUGCUUUUCAUAGAGGAUUUAAGACUGCAACCUGAAAUUCUACAAUUUAUCUUUUCAGUUUGUAGUUCAGAAAACAUGGUCGUGGGAUAUGCAGACUAGGAAGCAAAGCAUCAUUUUGUCCCGCAUUUUUGGGCAACACAAUCCAUGUAACAUCUCAAAAACUAUUAGAAGAUCAAUCCUGUUGAUCAUGUAUGCAAGAUAAUAAAUUCAGUUUGACAAGAAGUUAGAUCUGAAAUGGAUGCAAACAAAGGCAUCAGGUAUUUAUUUUGGGUCAGUGGCGAGAAGGAUGAACUGCAUAUGAGAAAUAUCAUCAUAGAACCUGUCAAAAACAUGCUUCAUAUUUCACCUCAAAAACCGAAAUAAAUAAUAUUUAAGACUUUUUUAUUUUUGGCAUUGUGACAUUAAUACCCAAUUCUCAUUUAAAGCUGCAGUCUGUAACAUUGUAUUAUUAUUAUUAUUAUUGUUUUAUAAAAAAGAUAUCCAAAAUAAAUUUUUGGGCAAGUGCAUGAGCAGCCAGUGUUCAAAACUCUCCUCAACUUAGUUUAUAAUAAUGAGUGGUAUUGGUAGGUUUUCACGGGAAAUACAAGCAUGCUGCCAUUUGUCUUAGCAUCAUUUAGUCACAUCUGUUAAAAAACAAUAAGUUAGUAGACAAUUUUGCAUGUGAGGAUGAUGCAUGUGGUGCAUCAAUAAUAGCCUUUUCUCUCAGCAGCAUUUUGAUGGCAGAUUGUAAUCCAGAAAGGUCCAAAUGACGAUCAUCUGUGACAACUGGAGAUUCACCUGUAAUGCUAAUACACAAUAAAUACAAGUAGUCAUGUGAUGCUGAAGUUAACAUUAACAUUUUGAGUACAAAUUAUAACAAUAAUAAUAAUUUGCAUGGUUUUAUGUGGUAUUAGCUAAGCGAUUGUCAGAUUAUCACCAUUGGGAGUGUGAUGUAUUGUAAUGCUUUUUUUCUUCAGUUGGUCAGAACAAAAAUGGAAGACAUGUUACUGACUUGUUCAGUUGACAUUUUUCGGUGCAAUUUUCUUAUUUGGGUCAUACUUCCAAGAUGUAAAACUAGGUGAUUCCAAAGUACAGUGGAUAUCCACACCAAUGCAGUGACUAACAGGCACACUUGCUCCUCAAAACAUUAGAUUAAGAGAAGCCGUGCCGAUGCACAACCAACAUAAAGAUGAUAAUUCUGCAAAUUACUGCAUUUGCAGGUUUUAAACAGAGAUGGCGACAAAGAGGCAAAACUUAUGGACUGCAGCUUUACAUUUCAAAUUUAAAUGUAAUAUUGUCACAGUGCAAAAUAAUUGUCAUAUAGGCUUCAAACUAUUUUAGGUGAAAUAUGACCUACUGUAGGCAUUUCUCGUCGGAUUUUGUGAGGAUUCACAAUGUACCUGGAUGCUCAUGGGACAGAAACAGUGUUUAUUAACAUUACAAGACUUGUGUUCAAAUUCUCAUUGAUCUGUUGAUCUAAAUCCAUAUGAAUCAAGAUAUAUGAUGUUCACUAGUAGUUUUCCUUGUGGACUUUUGACCAUUUAUUCACUUUAAGUGCACAUUUUUCUCUAAAAUCCUUCUUUAACAUCCUCCAGCCGGACCAAUUAGGUAUCUUACCUUGGCAAAAACUAGCUAAUGAGUUUGCCUUAAUGGUCCUGAGAAACCCCACGGAGCAGCUCAUUGUCUGCUUUUUAGGGCUUGUUUUAUGUGCACUGUCUUUAGUUUCUCUCAAGUGUGUAUAAACCCUGUAUGUUAGCCAUUUAAACAGCUUUAAAUGGCACAGACAACUAACUGACCUUUUUGAUGGGAUAAUGCAAUUAUUUGUAAUUACCGAUGCACACUUGCAGGUUCGUUUUUACAUUCAACAAUGCAAAAGUUCAAUCCUAACGAUCUGGCAUGAGCUGAGACACUACUAAACAUGCAGGGAACACUAAAUUAGGAGUUUGAAUGCAUUGCACAUCUCGUGAUACUAUGAUUAGUCUGUAUUAGAGGUCUGUUGUUUUUGGAUUGACGCAUUAGUCUGUACGUUCAAGUUAGCCGCUGGUCUCCAUUCAGUCCCACUAGACAUCUGAAGCAUUGUUUUCUUUGUACCCUUCUAUUGCUCAAAACGCUGUGCUAGAAGCUUUCAAAUGGAUGGUAUGAAGCUGAUAAACAGAGUGAUUUCCAAUGUCCGUUGCACUCGUAGCGUAGUUUUCCACACUUCCCGCUGUAAAUGAAAUCUGUUUCGAUCCCUCUGCUUUCCGCUGGCUUUUCAUGCUUUCCAAUUUGCUCCAAUAUUAAUGCCGUUUUUUAAUUUUGAUGUUUUUUUGUUUUAUUUGCUGUAAAAAGUGUUUGCAUAUAUUAUUUGUAUUAUAUGAUGUUAGUAUGACAAUGUUCUUUAUUAAGGAAAAAGGAAAAGAGUUUAUUUUUGUUACUGGUUUGUUUCAUAAUUCUUUUUUAAAUUGGUAUUGUAAUAUAUCUAUGCAAGAACUGUUAAGUGAAGCAUUUUUAUUUAAGAAUGUCAUUAUGUGUAAUAAAUGGUAGA